CGCUGGGAGAGAGAUGCGCUCUGUGAUUGGUCAGCGGGUUUCCGUGGUUACCAGCUCCAGCUGUCAACAACAGACGGUUUGUGAGCGUGAACUCGGCUGCCAGUGUGGAGCAACGUUCCGGAUAGACUAAUGUCAUGGACUGGGCGUGUGAUCGGCCCUAUCACUGGAAACCCGGAGCGGACCAAGAGGAUAUUAGGAGGGGUGAUGCAGCAAAAGAGCAACUGGAUGAAUAUUUAAUCAGCCUGCAACACAGGAACAGGGCUCUGAGGAAGCAGCAGGUGAAGGACCCGAAGCAGGUGGAGUUAGAACAGCUGGAACAGGGCUUCUGCAUCUACAUCAACGGUGCUAAUGCUAACCUGGCUAAUGCUAAGGGCAGUCGGAGAGCUAGUCAUAGACACACACACAUUGCAGACGGUCCCAGAAGGGGUACAGAGGAUACGUACGUAGUGACUCAUCACUACGUGAGGAGUCACACUGCACCUGAGAGAGCACAGCAUAGAGAAUGGGUCCAGAAAUCAAUACACAUCCGCACAGAGAGUGGGAGUCGAGUGAAAAUAUCUCCGGAAGAUCGAUACCCGGACGACUUUGAGCCAUUCGAGAGUGUAGAUAUGGAGGCGGGAGGAGAAGGGUGUACAGUGCUGGGUGUAAAGUCUCACUCUGAAUCUGAACCUGCUGAAAGGCUCCUGCUCAGCCUCAACCAGGUCAAUGUGUUGCGGCGCAGCCUAGAGGCCAGUGUGAAGCGGAGCAGCCGUGACUCUGCAGGAGAGGAGUCGGAGGAUGAGUGGGUGGAAGAACAGAUCGAGAGGGACGACAGUAAUGACAGCAUCAGUGACAUCACCCUUCCCCCCUCCCCCAAACCAAGCCAACCUAUCAGGAGUCAGCCCAGCUCCAGUGACCUCAUUGUGCUGGACUUUGGCCCCUCCCCUAUAGGCCGUAAGAUAGAGCGCUGUUUCUCAGCUAAGCGGAAGGAGAACGUGGAAUCCUAUAUCCCCACUAAACCAGUUCUGGUGAAGAAAGGAAGCGAGAGGUCCAGCAGUACUCGACAGGACACACCACGUCCUGGUAGUGGUGUAGAGCGCCCCCUAUCUGCACUGAGUAAAAAGCAGGAGGAGCGAGACUCUGAGGCGAAGGGGCUCAGUGUGUCCCAGGCACUACAGAAAGUGAACUCCCCCUUACACACACUCACAUCAGACAAACAGCAUCACACACUCUCAUCUGAGCUCCAACACCACCCAGGUCAAGUUCUACAGAGGAGUGUACUCAGCUUCAGUCCGCAGGUGAACUGCACCGUCACAGAUCAGGCAGACAUCAACCAUAAUAUUGAGGAGGAGGAGGAUGAAGAAGAUGAGAAUCAAUUAAUGAGAGCCAUGCAGAGGAUCACACUUAUGGGGCCCAGUCAGCAGAAGAGGUUGUUGAAGGCUCUGGAGAAUAUUGAGACUGAUGCUCAGUCCACAGUUUCUCACACACACAUCAACAUCAGCAGUUCCCCACCAGCUAGGAGGCGGGGCUCAGCAGAGGCUCUUUGUGUUACCAUGGAGAUUUUGUCGAACUGGGGAGGCGGGGGACGAGUAGGGCUGACGGAGGUCCAGUUCUUCUGCAGGAGGAACCGCAAACUUCAAGUCUCUCCGCAUGACCUGGACAUCCGGAACGCCGAUCAGCCCGGGAACCUCGCCGCUCUCGUCAACGGCAAGACUAAAACCACUAAAGAGCGGGACAUGUGGGCGUGUCGGUUCCACGCACCAGUUCAGCUGUACUUUGUGGUGAGAAACACGGAGUGCUCCCCGGACUUCAGCAUCGCACGCAUUAAAAUCUGGAAUUAUAACCGCAGUCUGAACGAGCUGGCUGUAGGAGCCCGUGACGUACGCGUGUACGUGAACAGCACGCUGGUGUUUGACGGUCGUUUAGAAAAAGGCUCCGGUAACCAGGUGUUCGAUUACAGCACAACCAUCGACCUGCAAGAACUCCAGCUCCCAGAAUGCACCUCUCCCAGCCCUGCCUGCUUCAGCCCACGUCGCUAUGACAACCUGUCUCGGGAUCAAUCCAAGCCCGGCUCCUUCACGGUAACGGAAACAAGUGAGCGGUCACAGAAAGACAGAGAUUGUACUCCCGCGAGCAGUAACAGCAGACACAACAUGCAGACGGACUCAUUAGAGCUCGAAGAUCCACCCCUGGUAGGGAGCAACAGGAAGGCGGUUACCACAGUGACUACCCAGCCAGCAUCACGCGGGGCUCGAGAGCGCCCCCCAUGGCUGGAGCCUCAGAACAGAAGCAAUAGCAAACACCAACCCACAGCGAAGCACAAACUCUCAGUCCUGGAUGAUGUCUCCUGCAGUCCAGCCAGCGUCUGUGGCCACCAGGUGGCACCACUCACUAACACGGAGAGAAGCUGUGAGACCAAACCAGAGCAGGAGCCGUAUCUGUUCGAUACUCUGCGCAAGGAGAAACCACACGUACGAGCCAUCAGCGGCCGCAGAGGGUCUGCACGCUCUCAGAUGAAACCACAGAGUCAUGACGCAGAGAGGUCAGAGGAGCUUGGCCUAGUUGCCGAUGGUAACCAUGGUCUGCGGUCACAAUGGCUGAGCGAGACCGAUGACAACAAACCCAUAAUGAUGACUAGAUCACCGGACUCGCUGACAAAGUUUGAUCAGCACGAGGGUGACGUUUUUGACGAGUUUCUCCAGCGCAGGUCCCGCCCUACUCUUGUGACACCGGACCCCGUGACCUCUGACUCUGAGGAGGAGUUUGAGAUCCCGGUCCUUCCGCAAGGGCAGCACCUAGUAAUGCGUAUCCUGUCCACGUGGGGAGACCGUCGCUACGUGGGCCUGAAUGGUGUGGAGAUAUUCAGUGCCAGCGGAGAACCUGUCACACCACGACGCAUCGCUGCUGUGGUGAACGGACUACCUGAGGUUAAUGGCGACGUCUCCAAGGUGACAGAUGGCAUCCAUCGCACGCAGGACGACUCCCACAUGUGGCUGGCCCCAUUUGUGACGGGGAGGCGGUGUGAGAUCACACUGGACCUUGGAGAGACGCAACGCCUCGCCAUGAUCCGUGUGUGGAACUACAACAAAUCCCGCAUUCACUCGUUCAGAGGAGUGAGAGAUGUGGACAUGCUGCUGGACGGACGGAGGAUCUUUAGAGGAGAGAUCGCUAAAGCAUCUGGCACGCUGAUUGGAGGUCUAGAUCAGUUUGGUGAUACGAUCCUCUUCACCACGGACGAUGAGAUCCUGGAAGCCAUGUCGCGCUUUGAUGACACGUUUGUGUGUGUUAAUGAGGAGGUGGGGUCUGGAGCAGAGGGGGAGGAGCUUCAGCGUCCACAGACUGCAGACGAAGAAGAAGAGGGAAUACCACAAACACAAGCCGGACUUAGGGAGGACAGCACAGCUAAGAACCAGGACACUGCAGUAGAGCCAUGUGCUGAACCAGAGAACUCGAAUUCUGGUCUCUACACGGGAAAGAGCGUGUGUCUGUCUCUGAUUUCGACGUGGGGUGACUCUCACUAUCUCGGCCUCACCGGGUUGGAGAUUGUCGGUAAGGAUGGUGAGAUCAUCCCUGUCGACGUCUCCAUGGUAACAGCAACACCACGUGACCUCAACGACCUCCCAGAGUAUAACAAUGACCUUCGUACUCUGGACAAGCUGUUUGAUGGAGAGAACAUCACCACUGAUGAUGAGCACAUGUGGCUGAUCCCCUUCACCCCUGGCUCUGACCACACCCUCUCCAUCCAGUUCAGCCAAUCACAGACGAUCACUGGCCUCAGAGUCUGGAACUACAACAAAUCACCUGAGGACUCGUACAGAGGGCUGCACGCAUUGUGUGUUUACGUGGACGAAGUGUGUGUGUCUCCGCCGGAUGGGUUCCUGAUCAGGAAAGGACCGGGGAACUGCCACUUUGACUUCGCUCAGGAGAUUCUGUUCAUCGACUAUAUCCAGUCCUCGAGUGUGUGUAAAAACACACCUGCAACACGCACACACAGGAGUGAAGAGAAGGCCAGUAUGGAAUACGAGGCUCCACUCAUGCCGUGUGGAUUUAUUUUUCAGUUGCAGCUCUUGACUACGUGGGGUGACCCGUACUACAUUGGUCUGAAUGGUCUAGAGCUUUAUGACCACAAUGACCAGAAGAUUCCUCUCACCGACAACAACAUCGCUGCGUUCCCAGACAGUGUGAACGUGUUGGAUGGUGUGUGUGGAGAUGUGCGAACACCAGACAAACUGAUCAACGGCAUCAAUAACACACACGAUGGACGCCACAUGUGGCUCGCUCCACUGCUGCCCGGCCUGGUGAAUCAUGUGUACGUGAUCUUCGACCGGCCUGUGACCGUCUCUAUGAUCAAACUGUGGAAUUAUUCUAAAACACCACAGAGAGGAGUCAAAGAGUUUGGGCUCCUUGUGGAUGAUCUCCUGGUGUAUAAUGGGAUCCUGGAGUGUGUGUCACAAGUUUCCCGGGGAAUUCUGCCGAACCUCGACCCCGUCGUCCCCUACCACACUAUACUGUUCACCGACAACACACGCAUCGCACACCGCGAGAGGAACACCGUCAUCAGCAACCAUGUGGAGGAACAGGAUGUGAAGAUGACCAACGAUAACCAAACUGUAAAACAGCACAAUAAGAAAAAAACAACAGCAGACCCAGCACUGAGACCAAAAACCUGCAUGAUGGACACACCCAAGCACAGGACACGCCCAUACUGAUUAGGGAUGUCACGAUACCUAAAAAUCUAGUAGUCGGUAUCGAUACCACCAAAAGUACACGAUACUCCAUACCAAAGUCGAUACCACAGUGUGGUUUUAAAAAAAAAAAGUUAAAAAUUUUUUAAAUAAAAUUAAAAACUCCUGGUGGACAUCCUCCUCUGGCUGAUACUGGCAAAAGGAGAAAGAGGGAUAUUUUAGUUAUCAAACACUGUCUGACUAUGACUAAUAGGUGCUAAGGUGCACUCUUAAAUGCACACACACACACCCCUUAUACUCUGAAUGCAAGCAUUAGUUUAAAUUCACUGAUAUGGUGGCAGACCAGAAAGGUUUAUUAAAAGCAUGAACAUGUGAAUAAUUAUUAGUGACAUGAGGCUACAUUUAUCUGACAGGACACGGGCUGAAUGGUGAUGCAUGGUGGUCCAUUCGGAGGUAGUUUAUAACAAAUAACCGGCUAUCGCUAACAUUACAUGGAGCAUAACGUUAGCUGGUUUCACGGCUACAAUGCAGCUGCCUCAAACAAACAUAAUAUAGGAUCGUCUUUCAGGUGCUUCACCAAAUUCCAGGUGUUUCCUCACUUUGUUUGAAAUGAACGAUAGCAUCGGCUGCACACCGGCAACCGCUAAACUUGUUAAGCUAAGCUAAUCUUCUGUAGCUUUUCCCAUGUGCUUGUAUGUGUUCUUCACCACUCGUGGACCGACUAAAACACUUGCACGUAUUUGCUGCCCCCAUCAGGUCCGGAAGAAUUGCAACCUACUGAGGUUAGAAUUAGAAUCGGUACCAACAGUACUGAAGAAAAACAAGUACCGUCACGUUUUAACAAUGUUGGUACUGAAGUAUUGGUUCUUGUGACAUCCCUAAUACUGACACAGCCACAGAGAAAGAGUGUGUGUGUGUGUGUGUGUGUGUGUGUGUGUGUGUGUGUGUGUGUGUGUGUAGAGAGGUUAGUUGUAGUGAACAGUCACACUCUCUGGUGCACUGUGUAUAACAGUUGUGUAUAUUCUCCUGUGUGUGUGUGUGUGUGUGUGUGUGUGUGUGUGUGUGUGUGUAGUUGUAGUAAUAUUAUAAUAAUCUGUAUUAUAGCUGUUCAUAUGAGCUCGUGUUUCAAUAAAGUCUCUACACUAAGUGCAUUAGAUUUA